CAUACAUAUAUAUAAAGCUGUGUGCCAGGCACCAUUCUCAGUGCUUUACAUAUAUUACUUCAACUAAUCCUCAGAACAAUAGUAGAUACUAUUUCAGUUUUACAGAUUAUUUUUUCUUUUAACUGAGGCACAGAGAGGCUAAGUAACUAGCCUAGGGCCACACCAUUAAUAAAAAGCAGAGCUAGGAUUUGAGCCAAAAUAGUCUUACUUUAGAGCUCAUGCACUUCACCACUACACUAGAUUUACUGCCUUUCUAAUUCACUCUUCGUAACUAUUCCCUGCAGUCUCCUUACCACCUCACUUUCUCCUCUGCCUGGACCAUAGCUGGCACCCAAGGAAAAUCCCAUCACAGACUGAGGAUCUCCUUUAGGUAGCCAGAGAGACCUGCCACUCUCAACUUUUCUUAGAGAAAGUGGGACUCUUUGGAUUUUGCUGAGCUGGCACUGUCUUUGAACUCACAAAUCCCUUUCUUCCAAGGUAGAUAUGAGCUGGCGAGUGGGGGGUGGGGAGCAGCAGGAUUAUGGUCACCCCAUCAGACCCUUUCCCUGUGCUGAAACCAUGUGGACCAAAACAGUAGUCAGCACCAAGCAUUGUAAGGACUGCUAGAUUGUUGGCUAUGAACCAAAUUCUGGGUACCAUCUCACCACUGCCUUACAGGUAUGAUAACCAUUUCCUAUCCAAGAUUUGAAAGAACUUCAGAGUAACUCCUGUGUGUAUCCCUACCCACACUGUGCCUAAGAACUCGGAUGAACCCAGCCAUACCAUACUUGUUCCUCCAAACCAGGCUUCUUGAUGGAACACAGAGAAGCAUCAGGGCACUGGUCAGAGGUCAGUUUUCAGUGCUGCAUCAUGGCUUUGGAGAAGCCCCUGCUUCUGCAUUCAUCCCUUCACAGCUCUCAUAGCACAUACCCAGACUUGAGGGAGGGAGGCUUCCAAGUUAUUAGAAUUAGGGUAUGUUUGUGUGGGGGUGGGUGAAUGGUGGAGAGGACAGAUGUCUCCAUAUGUCACAUUCCAUCACGUCUAGGGAGGAGGCAAGGACUUUUAAAGCCUUAGGGCUCUGUUGGGACCUGGGUGGAAGGAAGCACCUUCAAGCAAAGAGACAUCGGUGCACCUGGUAGGUGUAAAGUGGGGUCGACUGGAUGGGAUAGGGGAUGUUUGGGUUCACUCUAAAGGUCCAUGUUAGGGAGCAGGAGGCCUGGGUUUUGUUUCUCUGGUUCUCAGUAAGUCAGUCUCUGUCCUAAAACAACCCUCCUGGCUCAUCACCUUAAAAGGAAGGGUCUGUGCCUAAGGGCUGCAUAUACUUUGGUGGAAAACAAAUGGGGAUCUGCAUCUCCCGUUGCCCCCUAAAAACCCAACCAGUCAGUCUCAGAGUCUGAGGAUGGAGCAGAAAGAAAGACAAGGGACAAAAUUUGGGAGCCUCAAAUCUUUCUAUUCUUACCUGUUCCUCUCAGGAGAGGCGAAUUAUCCCUUCUUCAGGAACCAUUGCCAUACACACUCUUUUCUCCCACCUCCCCGCACCCCUCCUCUCCACUGGAACUGCUGCCAUGGUUGCCAGGCAUGGUUGCUAAGUCUCUGCAUGGAAGGGUUGGCGUGGGCUGUGCUGCCACUAACAUUACCAUGGUGAAUCAGGGGACACCUGGUAUAGGCUUGGGGGGAGGGAUCAUGUAGAUGUAAGCAACGACCCCCUCCCCGGGACAGAAUGAGCCUAAAAGGUGAUGGUCUUGAGCACCACUUCAGGUGGGGGUUGAGUCAGCCAGGCAUUGUGGUAGUGGUGAUGGAGAGAUCUACGCUGGGAAAUAGGGCCCACUUUUAUCAUUUCAGUUGCUAGGGGAUUAGUUUUGCCAAGGGAGCACGCCAUUCCUCCUCUAUACCCUCUGAGAGGGUGCAAGUGGGUACGCACCCUAGUCUGUCCUCCAUAAAGCUGAGCAGAGCUCAGGCUGAGAACAUUAUGACCCCCCAAAUCCUCGCUUCUGGACUAGGGGAGAGAGCCUGCCUCAGGGAGAGGGCUCCACGGGUGCCCAAGGACAAACAUCUUAGAAUGAGAGUGUGGGCAGCUUCGAUGGCUAAGACAGACUCCUGUCCUGCUGCACCAGCAGCCCUGAGCACAGCACUGAGAGGUCGCCGCGCCCCUCCUCGACAGCUCAUGGACUUCCAGGCCAGCCACUGGGCCCGCGGGCCCCAGAGCCGCACGUGUGGGCCGCGCCUGGGAUCCCCUGAGCCGCCGCCCCGCCGGCCCUGGGCCUCCAGGGUGCUGCAGGAGGCGACCAACUGGCGGGCGGGGCCCCCGGCCGAGGCCCGAGCCCGGGAGCAAGAGAAAAGGAAAGCGGCAUCGCAGGAGCGGGAGGCCAAGGAGACUGAGCGAAAAAGGCGCAAGGCUGGUGGGGCCCGAAGGAGUCCCCCUGGUCGGCCCCGCCCGGAGCCUCGGAACGCCCCUCGGGUGGCCCAGCCUGCAGGGCUCCCAGCUCCCUCACGGCCGGAGCGCCUGGGGUCCGUGGGGCGACCGCCCCGUCCAUCCGCGCAGCCGCAGAGCAAUCCAGGGGCGGCGUGGGCGGGGCCCUGGGGAGGUCGGCGGCCAGGGCCUCCCAGCUACGAAGCUCACCUGCUGCUGAGAGGUGCUGCCGGAAUGGCCCCGCGACGCCGCUGGGACCGGCCGCCACCCUACGUGGCUCCACCCUCUUACGAAGGCCCCCACAGGACCCUGGGGACUAAGCGAGGACCCGAGCCCUCGCAGGCGCCCGCCUCUUCAACCUCUGCUCCGACCAGGACAGAGGGAGGGUGCACAAAGAAGAGGCUAGAUCCUCGGAUCUACCGGGACGUCCUAGGGGCCUGGGGUCUCCGUCAGGGCCGGGGUCUCCUGGGGGGAUCCCCAAGCUGUGGAACAGCCAGGCCAAGGCUGGAGUCCGGUAAGGUGGCCGCGGAGAGAAGCCUGAGGCUGGCUGCUGCUGGCCUGAAGAGUGGUAGCGACGGACAUCCCCAAGCCAAAGCUGCUGGGAACCCAGGCACGGAGACAGUUCCUGCGGGGUCUGCACCUGCCACUCCCAGCCCCCCGCGUCCUGCUCCCAGGUCCAGGCCCCAUCCCAAGGGCUCCGGGGAAGGGAGAGAAGGGAGAGAAGGGAGAGAACAGAGCUGGCUCCCCAAGUGCUGGAUGCCCUCCGUUAAAAAGCAGCCUCCCCGACAUAGCCAGACCCUCCCCAGACCCUGGGCUCCGGGAGGCACGGGAUGGAGGGAGUCCCUGGGUCAUAGGGAGGAGGCCGGACCCGAGACCUUGGAGGGUUGGAAGGCGACCCGCCGCCCCCACACCCUGCCACGAAGUUCCCGUGGCCCGGCUCGUGGGGAAGGUGUCUUUGUCAUUGACGCCACUUGCGUGGUGAUACGGUCCCAGUAUGUUCCGACCCCUCGAAACCAGCAUGCGCAGCUUUUGCCCGCUGGGGUGCCGCGCCUUGUGGGGAAUGCCCCCACCCAACUGAAGCCCAACAAGGAGGAGGGAGAGGGGGCCGCGGUCCUUCCCUCCCCUUGCCGAAAGCUGCUGUUGAGCAGUCGCCCUUCACAGCAGCCCGGUGGGGGACGUGGGCUCGAAGCUGAGGGCGGGACGUCCGCGGACUCCUCACUGGAGGAGCGCGCCUCCCGCAUCUUGGGGCUCCCGGUCGGCGAAGUAAACCUGCAGGAUGCCCCCACGCAGCCAGGUAGCCCAGAGCACUCAGCCUUAGGCCCAGCGGCUUCGGGAGGCGCGCGCCGUGCCGAGGGCUCGGAGGAAGUGGCUGCGGUCCUGCGGCGCGCAGGCCGGGGCUGGGCGCGGACCCCGGGGCCCUAUGCCGGGGCCCUGCGGGAAGCCGUGUCUCGCAUCCGCCGCCACACCGCCCCGGACUCCGACUCGGACGAAGCUGCGGAGCUCAGCGUCCAUAGCAGCUCUUCUGAUGGAAGCGACACAGAAGCCUCGGGCGCCUCCUGGCGGAACAAGCGGACCGGGCCCCCGGAAGGCGGGAAGGCAGCCGAGCUGAGCGACAAUAUCGGAGAGAUUCUAGAUGUCAUCAGCCGAACCGAGGAGGUCCUCUUCGGGGGCGAGGGACACUAAGGGGACCCCACAGGGAAAUAGGGAGCGACAGUGAGAGGCCCUUUAUUGUAUUUGUGUCCCCUUUCUUCCUCACAGACUUCCCUGUACCUCUUACCUAUACCCGUUCCCAUACUCAAAAUAGAAGGCGCACAGAUGAAAGGAAAGGGAGCAUAUGUCAAUUCAUGAUUUUUUUUUUUUUCAGGAGAGGUGAGGGUGCGCAGUAGACUUUAACGUUUGGUAGGGUCUUCAGGGCACUCGGGUAAGGUCUCAGCAGGGGCCGACGCACUAGGCAUGGAACUGAGCAGAGAGGCCUAGGCAGGAUAAGGCAGGAGGACAGGGAUGGGAUAGUCAUAGGGCAACUUCAGGGCAGGGCCUCUGGGCAGGAGGGGGAAGGUGAUGGAGAGGCUUCGGACUGAGGUGACCAGGUGACGGAGAGGCCCUUGGCAGAAGAGGAGGGGCUCUUGGCAGAAGCCGCCAGCAAAGCAGGAAGAGGACUCACUUUGGUGUCACAGGUUUUGGCUUCCAAUCCCAACUCUGACACUGGUUGGCUGGGUGACCUUCGGCAAGUCGCCUCCCCUCUCCAGGCCCUGUAAUAUGUAAAACAAGGGAGUUCUAACGUCCAUCCCUGAUGUUUUGGAGUCCUUGGGGAGGCAUUUAUCUACUCCUCCCCUGCCCAAGCCAAGACAGUUAGGAAUAAGUGAACAGAGUCUGAGCGUCCCUGGGUGGCUUCUUUGACACCUGCAUUCACUCUCAAUUCAAGAGACUGUGCAGUGUUUGCAGAAGAGCCGAGUAAGUGGGCAAGGGCUCCUAUUCCAGUCUCAGGUUUAGGCGUAGGAUCCCCAAGGCAGUGCAGGGUGGUGGCCUUGUCACUGUCCCUGGUUUGUGGUGGUCUGAGCUGAGCAGCUUGGGACUUUUUUAGGCCUUCCCCUUUUCCUCCUCCCCAGUGUUCCUUAGUGAUGCUCUGAAUAGUUACCACGAUUUCCCACUCAGGUGGUAUCACCCAUCUGAAAGAACCCUGAGAAUGUCUUGCAUGUCUGCCUCUUCCAGAAACCAGCCAGGGAAGGAAGAGGGAGGCUGGUCCCCAAAAGCCUGUAGGUGUGGGGUGUGAUACUCGCUGUAGCCACUACGGGGCGCGCGCAGGUCGCGGAUUUCCCUGGUAGCUAGUCCGCGAGUCCCUCCAACCCCGGCACUGCCAGUUAAUCAAUUGCUCCCUAGUUACUGCGCGCGGGUCCCCCGCCUUGCUGUCUCCAGUCUUGCGAGAUCGGGAGCAGGCCUCUGGCCUUGCAGACCUCUGGAGCGCGCGGAGCCCCUCUUUGUACUACUAUCCACACCAAACGGCUUGGGACCCAGACACUGAAGUAUUUUUUUUUCUUCGAUCUCGGGCACCUCUUCUGUCUCUAUUUACUAGCCAUGUGAACUUGGCCAAAUCACUUCACCUCCCUGAGCCUCAGUUUCCUCAUCCGUCAAAUGGGGGUUUAUAAACACCUACCUCGCAGGGUUGUUGUGAGGACUUAAUGCGAUAAUGUAUGUAAAGCGCCUUGCACAGUGCCUGGUACACAGCAGGCGCUCAAUAAAUCUAAGCUUCCCUUUG